GAGAGCAAGGGUAAUUUGGUUAUACAGACACCCUUCUCCUCCUGUGUGGAGUAAAACCUAGGGUUUUAUUUAGAGAUUAUACAAGUUUUUAGACCGACUGCUCCAGGUACUUCUAAUAUUCAUUAAAAAAGCUUCAGUGGGCCACCACCGAUGGUAAAGUCGAGGACGCAAACUUCAGCUUCAAGCCAAUAAAGAAAAAAAAUGAAAAGACCAGGAGGGGAUGGUUUACGUCGUCAAGCGUUAAAAUGCCCGGUAGUCUACUUGAGGGAUUGGCGCAAAGGUCCUAAAGUUAUCCGCUUUUGUAAUUUCGUUAGGAAACUACUUAAUGACUACUUAAUACGUACCAAUUAUGGGUUCGGAAAGCUGGCAUCUGAUUAUGCGGCUGUCGUGGAGAACCAGCUAUUUAUGGAGGCUACUUCUGAGGAGGAGUAUGUGAAUGUGGAAACAUUAUCUCUUCGGCUGCAAAGAUUACUCAACCUAUAUGAUCCAAACUCCAGUCAACCAGCAGGUUCUGCAGAAACACCUUCUAAUUGCUUGGGUGGUGCUAUUAGAUCUGACUCCAUUUGUAAUAAUGCAUUCGUAGCUAACAAUGCUGAUGAUGUUAACCUCACAAAAGGGCUCCCUUUUAAUGGUGAUAAGCGGGGAGAUACUAAAAUAUUCACUACUUCCGAUGAGUUGGACAUGCCUUUCUCGUUAGGCCUAAGGCAGGCUUCUUCUGACACUGUUCUUCCUCUUGAGGACACUUCAACAUCAUUCGCUGCAUAUUCCAAUGCCAAUCAAGAGAAUCGGAAUUACAUUUCUGACAUAUCAUCUGAUUGUCAGGUUCAACAGCAACAUCUUGGCCAUGGUCGUUUGGGGAGUAACCAGAAUGCUCAAUCGUUGGUUUGUCCAUCUACAGAGGGAAACUUUUCAGUGUUUUCCCCCUCUAACUUGCUGAUCCCUCAACAUUUUCCAAUGGAUGUUCCUGAAGUCUCCAAUAUUCUUCCUGGCACAAUCUGCAGCCAAGAGAUCGCAACUCUUGAGGACAUAGUGCAAUCUUGUUCCCAGAUGAUAAAGUCUCAACAUAACCGGAAACAAUCCCUUCAUCCAUUAAUGCAGCCUCAGGUUUCUCCAGUACAGUCACAUGGUGCUCAAUAUUAUGCUUCAGAUGAUCCCAGUGCAGGAAACAUUGAAGAUAUGCCGCAUUCGUCAAAAGGGUUGAAGAUGGGUAACAUAAAUGGAAAUAAUCAUCUAUUGGUUCCUUCAAUUGUUCAACAUUGUGUUCCUGGAGGACUUUCAUAUCAACAGCAACAGUCUGAAUCUCCUAUAUCCCUUAAUUUUGAGGAUAUAGUGCAGUCUUGUUCUCAGAUGAUAAAUUGUCAACAUAACAAAAAACGAUGCCCUCAUCCAUUGAAGCAGCCUCAGGUUCCUCCAGAACAGUCACAUGGUGCUCAACAGUAUGCUUCAGAUAGACCCAGUUCAGGAAACAUCAAAGAUAUUCUGCCUUCAGUUGUUCAAAAUUGUGUUCCUGAAGGACUUUCAUAUCUGCAGCAACAACCUAAAUCUCCUGCAUUUAUUAGUUCUGAGGAUAUAGUGCAAUCUUGCUCCCAGAUGAUAAAGUCUAAACAUAACCGAAAAUGGCCAGUUCAUCCAUAUUUGCAGCCUCAGUUUCCUCCUGAACAGUCACAUGGUGCUCAACAGUAUGCUUCAGAUGGAUCCAGUUCAGGAAAUAUUGAAGAUAUCCCGCCUUCGUCAAAAAAGUUGAAAAUGGAGAAUCAAAAUGAAAAUUACCAUCUAUUGGCCCCUUCAGUUGUUCAACCUUGUGCUCCUGAAGGGCUUUCAUAUCUGCAGCAACAAUCUGAAUCUCCUGUAUUUAUUAAUUCUGAAGUAACACAUGUGGAGAUGGAACCAGCAAAUAAUUCCAUACAAGAUUCCAUGAGGAUCAAUGAUGUUACAAAAUGUGAUUCUGACAUUAUCCUUAAACUGAACUCUGAGAGUGUGCUGAUUCCUUCUGGGGAAAUAUUUUCUUGUCAUCAUAUGGAGCAAAUAGACCUUACUAGCAGUAGUGAGAUUAUUGACAAUGUGAAAGAAGUUUCUGAAAGAAUGGGGUCCAAGAGUUCCCAUUUUUUCUCAGAAGGGCUUACAGAGGAAACAGUGAGGACUGACUUCACCCAGACAGAUCCAAAACCAGACUCUGAUUUGAAGGAAGUAAUAAAGCCUCAGAAUCAAGAAACAAAUAGUGUCCUUUUGACGGAACUAUUAAAAGAAGAGCCAAUCAAGGAACAUUUAUCGAGUCUUGGGCAGAGCAUUGAUCAGAGUAUGUUGAUGGAAGAACGAGAAAACAGUGAGAAAGUGUGUCAAUUGUGUGCGUCAGGAAAGCUUUUUUUUGCCCCUGCACCAGUGUUUUGCUCAUGCUGUAAUGCUCGUCUCAAUCGCGGUGUUAACUAUUACUGCACACUGGAUGAGCAUAGUACACGAUAUUGUUUUUGUAACUCGUGCUAUAAGGGGUCUCGAGGAGGAAAUAUCUCAUUUCAUGGUAUCCGUAUUUCAAAGGCAACACUUGGUAGAAAGAAGAACGAUGAGGAAACUGAAGAACCGUGGGUUCAAUGUGAUAAAUGCAAGGGCUGGCAACAUCAGAUAUGUGCUGUCUUGAAUGAUAAUAGUGCUUUGGAAGGCAAAGUUGAGAACACAUGUCUCAAAUGCUUGUUAAAAGAAACAGAAUGUGGGGAGCUCAAGAACUUACCAAAGAGUUAUAUUUUCAGUGCAAAAGAUCUGCCAACUACCAUGCUUAGCGACCAUAUAGAACAAAGACUCUUUAGGCGCCUCAUGCAAGAGAGACAAGAGAGAGCAAAGGUCCAAGAAAAAGAGCUUUCUGAGGCUCCAGGAGCAGAAGAUCUUGUUGUGAGAGAAGUUUUAUUGGUUAAAAAAACACUAAAAGUGAAGCAGAAAUUUUUGGAUCUUUAUGAUGAGAAUUACCCUGCUGAAUUCCCAUACAAAUCAAAGGUUAUUCUUUUGUUUCAGAAGAUUGAAGGAGUAGAUGUAUGCCUUUUUGGAAUGUAUGUGCAGGAGUUCGGCUCAGAAUGUAGUCACCCAAAUAAGCGUUGUGUUUAUAUCUCAUAUCUGGAUUCUAUUAAGUACUUCAGGCCAGAGACAAAAACCAUGACUGGAGAAGCUCUUCGUACGUUUGUUUAUCAUGAAAUAUUGAUAGCUUACCUUGAGUUUUGUAAGAAACGAGGUUUUGUUACCUCCUAUAUAUGGGCGUGUGCCCCUUUAAACGGUGAAGAUUAUAUUUUACACUGCCAUCCAGAAUUGCAGAAAAUGCCCAAGCCUGAGAAGCUGCGGCAAUGGUAUCAUUCGUUGAUAAAAAAAGCAGCUGAUGAAAAAAUUGUGGUCAGUCACACUAAUUUAUAUGCGUUUUUUAUCCCCAGUGGGGAAUGUAACUCCAAGGUAACGGCAGCUCAUUUGCCAUAUUUUGAUGGUGACUAUUGGUCUGGUGCAACUGAGGAGGCAGUCAGGAAAAUUGAACAAGAAAGAAUGGCAGACACACAAAAGAAAUCGAAGAUAACAAUAACAAAGAGAACUUUAAAAGCCAUGGGCCAUACAGAUCCUUCUGAUGGCUCUACCAAGGAUAUUCUACUGAUGCAGAGAAUGGGGCAAAGCAUUUUACAGACCAAGGAGGUUUUUAUGAUUGUCGACAUGCAGUAUGUUUGCACUCACUGUCAUGAAGCAAUAUUAUCUGGACGACGCUGGUCCUGCGGCCAGUGCAAAAAUUUUCACCUCUGUGAAAGAUGCCAUGAUGCUGAGCGCAAAAAUUGUGGAUAGGACAUUCACAUCUCAGCCAACAUGGAACGACAUGUGCUUUCUCAGGUUGUGGUUGAGGAUGUGCUUUCUGAUACCAAGGAUGAUGUUAUUUCGAACAACAAUUUACUUGAAAAUAGGCAUACUUUCUUGAGCUUUUGUGAGAAGAAGCAUUAUCAGUUCGGCACACUUCAUCGGGCCAAGUAUUCCUCAAAAAUGAUUCUGCAUCAUCUCCAUAAUGCUACUGUGCUAACUGGUGGGAACACAUGCAGUAUUUGCCAUAAGGAUGCUGUGGUUGAUCAGAGAUGGGUGUGUGCAAUAUGUCCAGAGUUUGACGUUUGUGCAACAUGCUAUCGAGAGAAAGGAAGUGCUUGUCACAUUCAUAAGCUGACUCAAAGUUCUCCCUCAGCUAACCGUGGGACAGAGAAUCGAAAGAUAAGGGAACUGCUGGACGUUUUACAGCAUGCAACUACAUGUAACCCAACCAAGAUUCAACCUUGCUUUUACCCGAACUGCCUCCAGAUGAAGAAGCUAUUAUACCAUGCAGAUAAGUGCACUGUUCGGGCUACUGGAGGUUGUCACUUCUGUAAGAAGGCAUGGAGCGGAUUGAUUCUGCAUUCGAUAAACUGUAGAAAACUAAAUUGUACCACACCACGAUGCAUGGAUCUGAAGAAGCAUGCAGAAGAGCGUCGGUUGAAGAAUUAGUCAGGUAGCAGUGAGCAGUGAAGGUUGCUAAGAGUUGAUAGUCUAAAGUGUACAGGAUAGGACAGGAUUGUCAACACCGGCAGCCAAGUGUAUAGAAAGUUGAGAAGCAGGAUAACUUGCAGCAUUAAGUAUUGCAGGGCUCAACGAUUUUGUCAAAUAAAAACACAGUGAAAUAUCGGUCUGAUACCGACCCCUUGUGUACAGACGUAGUAGCGUUCCUUCAGACGGCUUGUGAUUCGAGGCGUUGGUGUGGUUCCAAAACAAUAGGCUUACAAAGGUAUGCUUUUGGUACCUGGUUAAGGCUCUUUCUUUAGUACUUACCCCUUCCCUGAACAGCGUAGUUUUCUUGGACGUCGGUAGAUGAAGACAUGUGUAGAACAGGUAAAUCAGAAUCUCUAGGUUUCUGAUAUGAUCUUCCGGUGACCCGACAUUUAUGUAAGUUAUGUAAAUUCAAUGUUUAUUACUAUUUACCAGAAAAAGCUUUGUUGUGUCA